UCUGCGCAGGCGCGGGGCCGCUCGCGCCCCCGGUCCCGCCGGACCCGGCCCGGAGUGGCGGAGAGCGAAAAAUACAAGAGUCUAUCAAUAACUAUCUAAGGUCUCUGUUCUCAUUAUUUAUUUUUACUUCUGGAGCCAUGGAUGAAUACAGCUGCUUUGUGGACUGGGACAAAAUGGAUAUGAGUGCCCAGAGCCAGGACACAAAAGAGCUCACCUGCACAGACUUCCAUGAGCUCAAGCAGCUGGCCCGGCAGGGCUACUGGGCCAAAAACCACGCUCUGAGAGCCAAAGUGUACCACAAACUCAUCAGCAAUAUCCCAUGCCGUACAGUGACUCCGGAUGCAAACGUGUACCGGGACAUUGUGGUGAAGAUCAUUGGAAAACGCAGCAGCAGCUCCCUUCCGCUGCCGGAGUUCGUGGACAACAGCCUGAUCCCCACGUACUGCCUGAACACAGAGGGCAUUGGGGCUGUCAGGAAGAUCAUUCUGUGCAUCGCCAAUCAGUUCCCGGACAUCUCGUUCUGCCCGGCGCUGCCCUCAGUGAUCGCGCUGCUCCUGCACUACAGCAAGGACGAGGCCGAGUGCUUCGAGCAGGUCUGUCGCAUCCUGGCUUGCAACGAUCCAUCCAAGCGGCUCAUUGACCAGACCUUCCUUGCCUUCGAGUCCUCCUGCAUGACCUUCGGGGACCUGGUGAACAAGUACUGCCAGGCGGCCCACAAGCUGAUGGUGGCAGUGUCUGAGGACGUGCUGGAGGUGUACUCAGACUGGCAGCGAUGGCUUUUUGGAGAACUGCCCAUGGCGUACUUUGUGCGGGUCUUUGACGUCUUCCUGGUGGAAGGGUACAAAGUUCUCUAUCGUGUCGCACUGGCUCUUCUGAAAUUCUUUCACAAAGUCAGAGCUGGGCAGCCCAUGGAGUCCGACAGCAUCCAGCAGGACAUUCGAGCCUUUGUGAGGGACAUCGCCAAGUCGGUGUCCCCAGAGAGGCUCCUGGAGAAAGCCUUUGCUAUCCGCCUUUUCUCUCGGAAGGAGAUCCAGCUCCUGCAGAUGGCCAAUGAGAAGGCUUUGCAGCAGAAGGGCAUCACAGUCAAACAGAAAAGUCUUGCACCUCCCAAAAGGCAGAAUGUGCACUUGGCAGUUCAUGCUGAGAACUUCAAAUCAGAAAUUGUCAGUGUGAAGGAGAUGCGGGAUAUCUGGUCAUGGAUCCCAGAGCGAUUUGCACUGUGCCAGCCCCUCCUGCUUUUCACCACUUUGGAACAUGGCUGUAGUCUGAGCAGGUUCUAUUCCCACAGCGAGGGACAUGAACCAACCCUGCUCCUCAUCAAGACAACAGCAAAAGAGGUCUGUGGGGCUUACCUGUCCACUGACUGGAGCGAGCGCCGGCGAGGAGGGAACAAGCUGAGUUUCUUUGGAACUGGGGAGUGCUUUGUGUUUAGGCUGCAGCCAGAAGUGGAACGCUACGAGUGGGUGAUCAUAAAACACCCAGAACUAGCCUCGACUGGAUCAGAGACGGAAAACCAUGCCCAACCAGCUUCCAGCACCCUUUCCUCCAGCAGCAUCCUUUCAGACCCCUCAGAUCGCCUUUCUCCCUUUUUAGCAGCUAGGCACUUCAACUUGCCUUCCAAAACAGCCUCCAUGUUCAUGGCUGGCAGCAGCGAGUGCAUCAUUGUAGGAGGUGGUGAUGGUCAGGCUCUGUACCUCGAUGCAGAUCUGAACCACGGGAGAACCAGCCACUGCAACACUUUCAAUAACCAGCCACUGUGCUCCGAAAGCUUCCAGAUCUCCAUCCUGGAGGUAUGGGGCUUCAGGGACACCAUGAAUGGUUGAUGUGACUAUCAUUAAUCAGCUAGUUUUUCAGUGUCCAAGGUAAAUUCCUAUACAGAAGCUGAAUUAGAACAUCCUUCCUGCUGGGCCCAGUGCUGUGAGUCAUUCCUAAGUGAUGCACUUGCAUGCAGGCCUAGUUGUUUACUCUUAUUUUAUUUAAGACAGGUAAAGGUGAAGUAAUCUAUCUGGUUAACUGCUUGUCCGUUUACAUCUAGAGAUCUGUAUUCAGGGACUGUUGGUAAAAAUGAAAAUGUGAUGGGUUCAGAGGUGAAUACAAGUCUGAAUCAUGGGAUGGGUUUAAGUCCACAGUUCCUAAGAGGCACUGCCCUGGCUGAGCUGUGCUGCAGAGCCCUGAGCCACUGGCACCAGUACCUGGCCUGAGCCAGGAAUAUCAGAUGUCUCCUCAUGGGGAACACUGGUGACCUCAGAUUUGACAUAGAACAGUAGUUCAUAAAAUCACUGCCCUCCUAUGAGCAGCCGUUGUGCAAACAGAUCAAUACCAUUAAGUUAUGAAGCUCUUCAUUCACACCAGAACCAUGAGUGCUGAUCUUGUACCAAAACCUUUGACAUGUUCCAGUUGCAUACGUUUGAACAUUCUGCCUCUGAGAAAGGCAUCCAGGCUGGAUGGUGAUAUCUCCAAGUCUUGAUUUUGUUUACAUUCCUAUUCCAUAUCAGUAGGAUGACUUCGCAGUCGCUCCCUGUGUCAGGCAACUGAAAGCCAGAGAGUAUCUGCAGUGCUCAGAAAUGUUCCUUUCCUCAUCUUUCCUGGGAGCUGAAAUGAAGGUUUAAAUCUGAAAAUAACUGUGCUGAUAUGCCCGUGUGUUUGGGGAGUUAGACAUGAUGAUAAUGGGAACUUAAUCCUCUCCCCACAAGUAAAGAAACUAAGGCAGGAGGCAAAUCUGGGAGCGAAUGAGUUUCCCAGGAGGAACUGGAGGCAACACUGUUUCUCCAGAUAUCUUCCCAGUGAUGAGAUCCCUCCUGAGAAAGUGGCAGUUUUCCUCCUGUAUAUUCUGGUAGGGUUUGGGUGAUGCAAACAGGCUUUGCUCAUUCUUGAGCGUUCCUACAUUCUUUGCAGGCAUGCCCUGUGGCAUGUGAUGUCUGGAGGCAAUUCCCCAGAGUCUUUAUCCAAAAAUUCCACUAUCUGUUGUGGAUCUUCUCCCACAUGAAGUACAAAUAAACAUCAGUGAGUAGUCCAGAGCAUACAACAGGGUGCUCAGAGCUUCACUAAGUAACUCACUAGGAAGAUUUAUCACAACAGGGAAAAUGAAGGGAAAGAUAAAUUACUGAUUUCCUAAACAGUUCAAUGUAAAAAAUUGCUGAAGAGUGGGUUUGCUAUUUAAUGUUAUUGCUACUAAAGCUUGAAGUUGAUUAAAAGGAAAAAUUUAAAUGAAUAAUGUUAAAAGAUAGGUUGAACAGGAUCACAUUCAUAUUCAGAGGUCAGAGGUGAGUUUUUGGUCAUAUUGGCUUGUCCAGCUUGCCAACCAUGACAGUACCUCACAGUUUGGUUGCCUCUUGCAGAGUAUAUGAAUAAACUUGGCAAAAAUAGGAUUUGCUUUUUAGGUUGCCAUUUUGAAUUUUUGUCAAAAUAACUCUUUGAAAAAUUAGCCUAUGUGCAGAACAGUUUAAGUUUUUGCACCAUUUGUAUUUGUAAUUGGAUUCUCUCACCCUGUCUGAGAGUCAGCGUUGGGCCUCCCUAUCUCCUUCCCACACAGUGAGUUCUGCCCUGUUGUCUUUUCACUGGUUUACCGUAAGCCUGAUUGAACUGCAAGAGAUAAUUCAUUUAUACUGAUGUAUUUUGAUGUGGAAGAACUCAGUCAUAUCUGGCUUUUUGCAAACACUGUCUGAUGCUGUCUUCUAUUUUUGCAAGCCACCCAUGCCACUUUGCCCUUGCAGGUAUCCCACAAGCUUCCUCAGACAAAAGAAAUCACUCAAAAGUAUAGGUUCUCCUUAGUGUAGGUGGGAUUUCCAUUUGGUUUGUGUCUCCUCUUUUGAACUUGUCUGAGGAAGUGCCUUUGGGAAAAAAAAAAAACAACUCUAAAACACAAUAGUAUUAAUUUCCAGCUUGUUGUCAGAAAAUCCCUGGAGCUGUGUGUUGGUAGGAUUUGUGGGAGUGUAAUGUUCUAUUCCAAAUGAAUAAACUUCAUCUGCAAAAACUUGGCUGCACCUGGCAGUGUGGUGGGAUUUCCUUGCUCCCAUCCCUGCUAGGUGCAACUAUGUCAGUACCUUGUCUUAAGCCAUAUCUAAGAAACAUUCCUCAGAAACAUGUUCCUUUCCCUACUCUGUUCUUGGUGCACAGUGAUUUGGGUGUUUGGAAUCUGAAAUAACUCCUGAUUGCUGAGAAACUCAUCAUAGGAUAUCAGUGUGAGAAUCCAAGGAGCAGGACUGGAUGCCAGGCACAGGACUGGUUUGGCUUGGUAAAGCACUGCCCUGCCACAGCCAACCUGUGGGACUGGUCUGUGUGGUUUGAACUGGAAUAUCCUGGGUGAGCAAGAAGCUGCAGUAAUCCAGGGAGAGCAGUUCUACAGUGCUGCAGCAACUUCACAUGGUCCUUGUGUUCAGUAAAAAUGGAUAUUCCCUGUCAUGUGCAAAUCCUCAUCCAUCAUUCCUGUUGUGGCUGUGAGACACCUUAGAAGAACAGCAUUUUUACUUGGUAAUCUUUCGAGUAGCAAAGAGGCAUUUUUCCUCUCUGUGUAGUUAAUCGUUGUUGCUGACCAACUGUAUAUCAAAGUUCAAGCCCUUUGUUUCAUGCAAAGCUCUUGAGAUGGAGGCCACAGGCUGGUUUUGAAGACAAUGACUACAGUGGAUACUUUAUCAGAAAAUGGAGUUAUCUCCACUUAUCAAAAAAUGGAGUACUCCAUCCAUGAAGUGCUUUUCUUGCACCUCUGAACAACUGAAGUAGGCUGUAAUCCCUGUUUGUGGUCCUGCUGGCAGAGUCAUAGAAUGGGCUUGGGCUGGGAGCUCCAGGCUGGGCGUUUAUCACCACAGUUCUGUGAGAGCAUCUGUGCUUUCCUGAGAAGCUGUUUUUUGCUUUGUCAUAUUUCUUGAAGGCAGAAAAGAUGAGAAACUGCUGACAUCAGAAACCUGACUUCACUGUAAAUGGCAACCAAGCUAUUUUCAGGCCACAGGAACUGUACCCAGCUGCAGCCAGGCUGGACAGAUUUCACUGCACCUGAGCUGUCUUUCCUGAAGCUCCUGCACUUUGGCAUGCUCCUUUUUCUGGUGCAGCAUGUUAAUCAACCUUAGAGGCAAUAGAGGCAAAUCAGCAAAGGCGAAGGAAAAAUUCUUAUUUCCUCUCUCUUGAUGUAUCUGAAGUCAAAAUGGAGUGGGGGCCAGUACUAUUCUUUGAAGAGUUAAACCAUGCCAAUAGAGAUCUGUGGUGGCCCACAGAGGGGUGACGUGUACACAUCCAUAAACUGCUCUUCAUGUGUGUGUAUUGAAAUUGUGAACUUAGUCCUUGGAAAUUCAUCCUUAUUUUUGGUGAGGUGCGAUCUCAUCUGUCCACGGGGACACUUGAUGCCACAGCUAGGAGCUGACCCACAACCAUGGCACUGUGAGUGCUUGGCUCCUGUGAGUGACACUGAGUUGGGUACAGCCAAGGCAUGGGCACCUGGCUGUUCUGCAGCUCUCUGUCGUCAUGUCAUGAAUUUCAGACUAUUCAUAGUCAGGUUGAGUGUGUGUGUACUAUUUGGUGUAAUGUUUUCUUCAGAUGAGUGGUGAUGUGCUGCUGAAUUGGUUUUCUACCGUACCUUGAAUUCACUGCCCUAUGUCAAUGGUAUUUUUGUCACUGUGCAGAAUCUUGGAUUAUAUUAAAAGUACUUGACUGUGGAA